UGACACCGUUCAAAGAAUUUCCGGUCAAAAUAUACGUAAAAUUUGCCUGCUUUUAAACGUAUUUUCACGUGUUUUUAAAAAGAAAUAUAGAAAUGGCAAGCAAAUUGCUGUCUGGGGGCUCAGACCAAGAAAUGUUGUCCCAGACAGAGACAGAAGAUACUGACACAGGAGAAGUUUCCUCGGAUAAUGUAACCGGUACUGAUGCAUCAGGUGCAAGCCUUACAUCCCCAACCUCAGCGGAAUCCUCAGAGGAUUUGACUCAAGGACAUCGUAACAGAAAACUCACAAAUGUAAGUGUUGACCUGACUGACGUUACUGCUUUAGAGGACAAUGCAUCACAAGGAGAGGACAGUUUAUGUGAUGAUGUUAAUGAUGGUGAAGAAGGGGGUAUACAUGUAGGUAGCACAAGUGAUAAACAGAAUUCAAAAAAGGGAACAGGUUUGAUGGAUAUAGAUUUUAGCAAAGAUUGGUACAACCACAAAUGUUUCAAAUCAUAUUGGCAACACUAUAAUCAAGUUAUGUCCUGGUGCCAAAAACACACCAAAGUUUGUGAUAAACUUAGAAAUAAGUCGGCAGGGAGAGGGACUGCCCCAACAAGCUCAUGGGGUCCAUUUUCUCAACCUUUUUACCAAAACUCGUUUCAUAUGCCCUCUUGGAAUCAUCCUUAUAACUAUAACCAAUAUAAUUCAAACAAAAACACAAACGUGAAAAGAAAUUCAGUGAGUCCAAAUUCAAGGAAUGCAUGUAGGUCUAGUCAUAGAAAGAGAAAAAAUAAACAUCGUAAACAGAAGUCAGCUAGUUCGAGUGAAGUGACAUCAUGUGAAACACAGACAGAAACUAGUGAAGAGUUUCAGAUGGAAAUAUCACAGGAUAUGAUAGAUUUCUUUGCAAAAACCCAGGCACACAGAAAAGAGAGAGAUGAGGCGAGGAAGGCAGAGAAAGAUGAUGAAGGUGUUGAACCUGAACAUAUAAAUGUAGAAAAUGUGAAAGUCACUGAAACAAGAGCACCAACAGUGGAGGCACCAAAGGAAAGACCAGGUGCCAAAAGAACAGCUGAAAUGAAGUUAUUAUAUGGUAAAGGGGCUCCAAUGAUUCAUGGUAUGGAAACUGCACUACAAAUGACAUAUGACAGGAAUGUGGACUUGAAACAGCCAAAAACAUGGCCAAAUAUGCCUCUGAGGGUUAUUUUUGGUUAAUAUUCUCAUUUUAAAGGGACUCCACUGAGGUUUGUUGUGGUGAUGGGACUGCAAACAAUUUGUUCAAGAUAAUUUUCCAUUUGAUAGAAUCUAAGCCAAUAACUUGUGUGCAAAAUUUUAGAUCAUUCGCUUACUCCAUUUUUUCCAGAACAAUUAUUCUAACUGUGAAAAAUGACCCAAAAUUUAAAAGUGUUGCAAUGCUUUUUACUUUAUCAAGCUAUCAAUAGCACAAAAAUAUGAUUCUCAAUGUAAUUCUGAGUGAAUUUUAUAAUUAUAUUUGCAUAUCUUACCCUUUAAAGUUUCCCACCUGAUCUUUUGAGGAAAUUAAAAUUUUAUGUUUUUAGGCUUUUUGACCUCAGUGGAGUGCCUUUAAAUAUCACAAAAUGUUUUAAUGCUCUGGGAUCAUUUUUAUGAAUGAUUAAGGGAUAUCAAGCUAUAUCUAAUGAAAUAUUUUGUUAAAAAUUUAUUAAUGGUAAAAUGCUGUUGUUUUCUAAUCCUUUGAUACAUGCAGAUCAUAAAAGAGUUGUAACAUUUAAUAUCUCUGUUAUUUAACACAUAUGUACAUGUAUAUUGUAGACAAACAAGGAACAAAAUAUUAUUCUGCCAUUUUAUGUAAGAUUUUAACUGUUUUAUGUAAGCACCAUUUGCUCUUGAAAAAAAAUAUGCAAAUAUAUUUCCUUUAUAUAUUUUGGGAUUAUUUUUUUUCCAUAAUGAUUUACAAUUAGGAUUUUGAUAAUAGUAUAAAUUACGGAAACUAACGAAAAACCUCAUGAAAAUUAAUGAGCUCAGGUCAAUAUUGCCGAACAUUAUCUUCUAUAUAAAGAUAUCUACUAUUGGAUCAUGUAUCACACACAUGCCAACAACAUAUUUCUUUUCUGAUUCCUUGUCAUGUUUAAUAUUAUAUUUGCCAAUCAGUAAAUCUGCUAAAUUCUGGUAACAGGUGCUUGUGAUGUCAUCAGUCAACUUGUCUAU